UAAGUUGCUUACCUGUCUUCUCUUGGACUGUCCUGGUGGAAGUCACCUCAAAACAAAGGCUCUUUUCAGAGCCACCCACAUUUUCCAAAAAUGAGCUGCCACCUCCCGUUGAGUUUUCUAGUACAGUGUGUGGUUAUUGUGGAAGGCAUAUGAUUACUACAUGAAAUUUCAAAUUCUUGCUUUGUAACAGUUUUCGCACUGUUGUUAUUCUAUAAGUACUUUUCGAGAUGCGUUUCUCCAAAGUGGUCAUGAACCAAGCUUGAGAGCCCGUUAUGUAUCAACACUAAACCAGUAUAACUACUUAUGGAGAUACGUUUCUCACAAAGUGGUCGAGAACCAAGGUUGACAACCCGUUGGUAUUCAUCAACACUAAAUAACCAGUAGCACCCGAGUAUUUACCGAUAAUUGCCCGGCAUUAAAGCACGCUUUACAGUUUGCAUUGCUCCCAGUUCGUUUUUGCUGACACGAUUUGCUUCCGUUAGAUUCCUAUCGGGCAUUCAAGUAUUUGCAAGUGAUUAACAGUACUCAAUACUAAAUUACUACAGAACCUCUCGUCAAUCCCACUAAACUUUAUUAGAUGAAAUUCCUGGUUACCGAGUUGAAUAUUUUCAGCCUGAUCCUACUGAAUGUACAGAUUACUUAGCAAAAUUCCUAUCCAUAGCAGUUAUUGUGACGAAAGUGUAAAAGCGGAAGCAAAGAUGGACGAGGGGCGGAUGCGCCGUGUGACGGAAGGGGUGGAGAGAGGGCAGGUUCCUUCAAAGACCCGAAAGCGCGUGUUUUAAUCAGGAUUUAGGAGCAGAGACCGGCCAAUCCCGGAAAAGCGCGGGAUCGUUUGAAUGUUCUUGUGUCCAAUAGCGGAUAGCCUGAUUGUAUAAAAGAUGGACAGCGUACAGGAAGUUAUCGUAUAGUUUUUCGACUCCCUUUUGUUUCAUUCAUGGCUCGCACAAAGCAGACCGCUCGCAAGUCCACCGGCGGCAAGGCCCCGCGCAAGCAGCUGGCCACCAAGGCCGCCCGCAAGAGCGCCCCGGCCACCGGCGGCGUGAAGAAGCCGCACCGCUACCGUCCCGGCACCGUGGCGCUGCGCGAGAUCCGGCGCUACCAGAAGUCGACCGAGCUGCUGAUCCGCAAGCUGCCGUUCCAGCGUCUGGUGCGCGAGAUCGCUCAGGAUUUCAAGACUGAUCUGCGUUUCCAGAGCUCGGCCGUCAUGGCGCUGCAGGAGGCUUGCGAGGCCUACCUGGUGGGUCUGUUUGAGGACACUAACCUGUGCGCCAUCCACGCCAAGCGCGUCACCAUCAUGCCCAAGGACAUCCAGCUGGCCCGCCGCAUCCGCGGGGAGAGGGCGUAAAUUAUUGGUCAGUGCAAAGUUGAACCCAAAGGCUCUUUUCAGAGCCACCCACGUUUUCUGUAAAGCAGCUGUGAUUCAAAACUAAUACUUGUUUUUAUGCAUUUUUCAUUUUUUUUCAAUCAUACCUGAUAAGUUUCUAAUAGGACUUUAUAUUAUCCUUUAUUACCGUUUCUAUUUAGAUUAACUUUAUUACACUGCUUAAACUGACUAAAGAAGUAGACCAGUCUAUUUGUCUUGACCAUGUACUGUGAGUAGGUUCUUUAGUAUUCAGUGUUUUGUAUUGAUGAAACCCUUUUUAUUAAGCUACAGAUGCUGCUCUUUCUAGACUUUUACACUAGGCUUCUUACACCUAAUAAAAAUUUGCCAAGAUCUAACUUGAUUGGGCGAUUUGCUUGAAUGUACUUUCUACGACCUUAAAUAAAUAUGAACCCACCGCUUUUGCAUACUAUUUUAUAUGUAGGUAUUGACUGGGGCCUAGUUGCUCAGGCAUGUACUACCUGAUACUCCAUAGGCUGAGGUGGCAUUAUCACAAGUUUAAAGUUUGCUUGCAUUACAGGAUGACCUCAAAGAUAACCUUGGUAAUUUAUUAGGACUCUGUCUCAAAAUCAGAACGUGCUGAGGAAGAUAGAGGUCCAAGGGAGCCAACACUUUCCUAGCCAGUGUGAAGCCCUAGAUUCAAUUCCUGUCGAUUGCUUUGGGUGGGUUACUCAGUCUAGGGGUUUGUAACCCACCCUGCAAUCAAGUUAUUCCAGGGUCUCGGAGAGGCGCUACCUGGAAGGGAAUGAGCUAGGACAGAAGGAGGCCAAGCAGAUUUGUCAAAGCCUCCGUUUAUUAGGAUCAUAUCGCCCCUGAAGGGUAGGGAAACUGGACUCUGCCUGUUCCAGGUCACGUAGGCCAGGUCAAGUUCGGACGGACAGGUAGGCCAAGAAGUCACGAGUUGCCACACCUGGUUCCCUGGAUAGCUGGAAUGUGAGGUGGGUUCCGAUAACAGGUAGCUCUCCAUCAACAGCUUAAUUGGGUGUGGGGCAGGUUCUCAAUAGAACAUAAUUAUGGGUGUGGGGUUCUCUGCUGACUCUCCAGGGUGAUGGUUCCUGUAAUGAUUUUUAGGGGGGGAAAGGGCUCGUGACAAAUUCCCAGUAAACAAAGAAGAAAGUAAAGGUGUAUUCCAGGUGUUUGAUUUUUUUUUUAGAUUUAUUUAUUUAUUAUACAACAUUCUGCCUCCAUGUAUGCCUGCCCGCCAGAAGAGGGUGCCAGAUCUCAUUACAGAUGGUUGUGAGCCACCAUGUGGUUGCUGGGAAUUGAACUCAGGACCUCUGGAAGAGCAGCCAGUGCUCUUAACCACUGAGCCAUCUCUCCAGCCCCCCAGGUGUUUGAUUUUUCUAGAGUCUUUUAAGACAGCUCUACCUGGCAACUGCCUGUCAUCCACAGGUGUCUCAAGGUGAUGGGGUCCCUUAAAGUUCUAUCAUUUCAAUAUUUUGAUUUUUAGCUGUACUGGCUUUGAUGUCCCCUGCUUAAGUUUAUCUUUUAUAUAUUUUCUCAAUCUAUAAGAAACUAGUAAUGCCAGCACUCGGGAGGCAGAGGCAGGUGGAUCUCUGUGAGUUCAAGGCCAACCUGGUCUAAAAGAGCUAGUUCCAGGACAGGAACCAAAAGCUACAGAGAAACCCUGUCUUGAAAAUCAAAAAAAAAAAAAAAAAAAAAAAAAAAAAAAAAAAAAGAAAGAAAGAAACUAGAGUUUUCACUGUAGGUCCUGACAGGCAAGCCCUUCCUGUUUUUCUGUAAUAAGAUUGUCUUACAUUAUUCUGACUCCACAGCCCCUCCUAAAACCAAGGGUAAAAAAUGGAUUCCGGAUUCCUUCUUCAUUUACUUGAGGCUUUAAUAGAAUUUCACAAUGAGAGCAUGAGAGAGAGCAAGCGAGCAAGCAGGUUCCUUUAAAGGGUACACACCAGGACCCUGGUACCAUAAUCGCAGCCAUUUGUGUGUCCUUGGUGUCUGUUGUGCCAUCUGAAAGGAUCUUCUUCUCCAUCUGAAAAUGAGAUCAGCAUCAUCUAUCCUCCAUGAUUGUGACCGGGUAUAUUUGAAUGCCUGGUUUCAGUCUUUCUGAACUGUCUAUUCUUUUUCUUUAUAGUUUAAGUUUUUUUUUUUUUUAAAAAUCCCAAACUAGCUUCUUAAAUUACUUUUUACUUGGCAUCACUCAAUUGCAUAAAGUCUGCUCAGUUUAUGAAUAAAAUGGUACCAUGUACUUAAAAAUCAACAAUGGAAGAAAUUCAAGGUCUUUUGGGUUUGCCUUGUUUCUUUGUUUCAGCAAGGGGAAUAAGUAUUGCUAAUAGCUCCCUAUUUUCUGCCUAAAACAGGAGAAGAGAAAUAGUGCUCAGCAGGCUAUGGAUGAUAUCAUUGUGUACCAAACUGUCAGUCACUAAAGGUUAAGUGAAUUUCAAAUUGUGAUUAAACCUUGUUUAGCGUUCUUUAGCUUACUUGCUCUCCCACAGUUGUCUGUGCUCAACUUUGAAUAAAAACGCUUUAUUUUUGUUAUUUCUUCUGGUCUUCAUUUGUGUAUUGUGACUUGUUGCCUUGUCCCAUAAGUGAUCUAAAAUAUAUUUUUGCCAAAUUCAUUCUCAGGCUCAGAUGGGGAUCCUGACAGUAAAGCCUUACCUUUAUCCAUAUAAAAUUGGACAGACAGCAUGUGUUAGAUACACUAGAUAGUGGUUGUUCUAUGAACUUCAGAAAGCAUCUGU